CAGAGCAGUUGAGAUUUAUUAUUCUUGUUAUGACUGCUUUCCAUUCCUGUGCUAAACUGAGCUGAGAUAGCAGCAGCAGCAGCAGCAGCAGCAUGGUUGCAGGGCUUCUAUCCCCCUUCCCUCCCAUAGUUUGAUUUGCAAGUUGCUGGACAUUAUCUAGCAGGAAAUCCAGUCAUGCUGGGAAAAUCAUCACAACCCACAGGAGAAGGUACAAGCCAUAAACAAUAGUGUGACCUCAAGAGAGAUCUGGAAAUGUCUCCAUGCUCUCAGGCAUGGAUCGGUCCCACCUUGUGCUGGGCUUUGCUGCAGCUGUACCCUCUAGCACACCUUCCUGUAGUGCUCCAGGGUCAGGCUGCUGCAGAAGGCCUUGCAGAACCAAGAGGGCCUUAUCACCCUAGUAUGGCCUCAGUCCACUCACUUCCUUAUUGUGGUGGUUUAAGGGAGUCCAACUAUGAGCUGGUCUGGGAGAUUUUCCACAUCUUGAGGUUAGAACCAUGAGGCGCUGCCAGCCUGGUCCCAAGCUGCAGAACUCUUAGGAGCGCAGUGUGCCCAUGCUGUAGCAUUUGUACUCAUGCAUCUAACCUUGGAGUGGUCUGAAAUUAUGGCAGAGCUGCUGCCUGUCUUCAGAUAGGCCCACAGAAAGGCUAAGCCAUCACUUAUUUAUCGGUUUGCUCUGGAGUAGAGAGAAAGGGAACAAGAAUUUAAAUUCCUGGUGGGCAGAUAAAUGCUGGACCAUGGUUUCUUUGUAAAUGAUAAAUCAUUCGCCAUAUGAAGUGAAACCACACUGAAGCAUCUGCUGACUGUGCUGGAAUAUGAAUUAGUAGGGCUACAUAUAGGAUGUCUGCUCUAAGAUAUGUCAGGUGCUGGAAAUGGAGACAGAUAUAGUUCCAUGGUUACACUGCCAACUGAAAAUCAGAGAUUCAAUAGCUCUGCAGAUGACGCUGCAAUUAAAAGUGGCAAAAAUAAAAGCCAUUAUGUUCAGAAGGUAUCAGUUUAUAGUGAGCUCAUUUCCAGUUUGUGGGGAGUUGUUUGUUUUUAGAGAGGGUGGUAUGCUACUUCCAGCAAAGCUAUGUAAAUAUUUUCUACCAGCCCAGAAUGUUUUUUCCUGGAGCUGAUAUCUUGUGCCUACUAAAAUUCUUCAAUUGAGAGGAAUAUUUUACUAGAGAACUCACCAAAGCAAAAACGAACCUGUGAGACCUUACGCUAUAAAUCUCAUCACUCACAGGGAAGCAUAUAAAAGUUGUGCAGCUGUGGAGAUGAGAAUCAGAGGUCAAAAGCCAGUCAAGAAAGGCCAGAGAGGAAAACAAAACACUUCAACUUUGUAAUAACAUUGGUGGUGUUUGGGAAGUGUUUGGGUUUUUUUUUUUAAUGCUAUGCCUACAAAACACAAAUAGAAUGCAGCCUUAAAAAAAACCAAAACAACACAAAACCAAAACAAAAUGAAACAACAGAGAUUGAUACUUUUCAGCCAUAGUGAUCUGAUCUGACCAGAUCACUGGGAAGAAAAAGGUUCUGAGUAAUUCAAUAGAACAUAACUUGUGUAACAAAACAAACAAACCAACCCCCAAAAAACAACACCAAAAAAAUUGCUUCUGAACAGAUCUAUCUGGUUAGUACUACUUGACCUGCUGUUAAACUUUACGCUUCAGAGCUCUGCUGCAAAAUGCUUCUAUGCCUUUUAGACUGAAAGGCAGGAGAUCAGACUGGAAACUGAUCCUGUUUCCAUGGGGCAGAGCAGGGCUGGGGCUCAGACUUCAAGGUGAAGGAAUACAAACACACAGGGUAGGGCAGAGCUCCGUGGGCUGAUUGUGCCUGCCCUGCAGGGCUCUGUGCUUGGUUUGCUCUGGCUUGGAUCGCUCUGUGCAGCACUGUGUACUGCAAUCCCCCAAACAGUGUGAUCACCAAAACUGAGAAAUUGUUGAGGGAUGCACUUUCUUUCUGCGUUAUGAUUUGGGGGGUCACUUUGCAAAGCAACAGCAGCCUUUAGCUUUCAAAGAACGAUGUUCAGUAGAAGCUGUUCCCAGCAGGAAUCUUGAAUGGAGAAGACCUUAAAUAUCCCCAGCAAGUGGGAAGGCGGAAGGAGUUAGCUCAAGAUAAUCAUUGGUGCAAAAUGACAGGACCCAAGCAGUAGGGAUAAGCUGUGCUGGUUCGUAGGGUUGUCAGUUUUACUGAUCCUUCUGCCAGAAAAGCUCAGCUGUGCCUGUCCGGUCUGCUCAUGCCUGGCAGACGCACGUACGUGUGACGCAAUAGGCAGCAAGAAACCACUCAGUUCCGUUUCCUGACAGUCUGUUGAUAGCAGAGAGGCCAAUGUCCCACAGAGGAGACUCUGAGACACUGGGAGUUCAUGAGGAGCCUCCAUAAGCCAGUCAUAUUAAGUUUCUGAAGGUCUUAUUGCACCCGUGGAAGGGAGCAAGGGUCAGAGGGUUCAUACGACUGGUGAGCAUGUGGCUGAUGGUCUCGGGUCCUGGGAGUGGUGGCUGGGCAGGAUUACGAGCAGUGGAACUGAGGUGGUGGGUGCUGGGCUCUGACAGCUUCCCUGUGGUGCUGCUGAGCUGGGACAGAGGAAGUUGGGGACUUUAUGGCUUGUGAGCUUGGCUGUAAUGUCUGCUAGAAGGAUAUCCACAUGCAGGUAGCCAUACCACAAUCUGUGUUUGUCCUUUCUUUCAUGUGGGGGAGAAGAGAAAAGGUGGUGUGGGGUUGCUUUAAGUAUGAAACUUCUCCAUGUAAAACUCUUCCUGUAGAGAUAUGAAAGGCAAAUUUACAGUGUUUCUCUCAGCUGCAGAAGAGCAGAUAGUGAAAUCUUCAGCAAACAUUAAGGAUACUACCUGUAUCACCAGAGAAAUAUUUCUGUGUGCUUUAAUAAGUGUUUCAUCUCUCUUUCUUUGUAGUUUGAGUUACCUGGUGAGUGGAAAAUCCCCGCAAGGAGCAGGAAUGUUGAGCAAGUGAAAGUGAAAGUAGGGUACAACCAGACAUGUCAGAAAGCUGAUGGAGUUAAGGCAGAUUGAGAGCCCUGGGACUCAGCAGGGCAGCCUCCAGAGGUUAGAACCUCUGGAGAUUAGAAUCUAUGGAGUGGGAAGAGGGAUGGGGAGAGCAAUGGAGAAAAAGCUGCCUGGAAACACCAGCCCAUCACACCACCUUGCUUUCCUCUCCAUUUCCUCUCCACCCCUUCAAAUAUGACACUUGAUAUCCACAAACUUCCAGCACUUCUGCCCUGGCAGCAGCAGCAGCUCACUGCUGUGCAGCGGGGACAGAAGGGAAGUUUAGAUCUAGAGAAAGCUCCAAGGAAUGUUGGAUCUCACAAACCCCAUUCAAUGCUGUGAGAGGGAAUUAAUUAGGAGCCUUUUUCUAGGAACAGGCCUGCCUGGCGUUGCUGCCUACAAAGCUCAACCACGGCCUGAAGACAGCAGGGGAACAAGCUACGGCUCCAAGGGCGCCAUGGGUUUAAGACUCAAUGUCUUUAAGAACCAUAGAGCUCCUUAAGGCUCUCCAGAAAAGGCUAGGCAGGACCCUGGGAGAUGUGAACUGCUCUUCCAUGCCUAGUCCUGCUAUCUCUUUGUAAGCUGCUGCCCGGGCAGCUGCCUGCGCUCUGCUCCCGGGGACAUGUGAGGGAGGACUUUGGGCCCGUCAGUGGCUGGGAGCCGUUUGGCCAAUUUUGUCUAUGCAGUGCUGGCCUGGCUGGGCCUACUGUAAGGCAGCAGUGAGGUGGGGGAGAAAAGAGCACCUAGGCCUGGGUGCUAGGGCACGGCUGGGGAGAAGGUGUUUCUUGGUAUGUAGUAUGGAUUUGUGUACUUGCCGUGCUUUGCACUGCAACAUGUAGUUAUGAAUAGCAUUUCCAUUCAAGCUCCCAGUUCUGUCCCUUUCCGAGCGGAGUGCUCUUCUUUCCCUCCUUUGAGAAAGGUUAAAGAGCCUGUCUUGCUCCUUUAAGUGAGGCAAGGGGAGACUCGGGUCUUCUCCUCUUCUUUGUUCUGGCAGCCCAGGGGAUGCCAAGCCUUUAUGUUGUAAGCAGCUCUGUAAGGCAGAGCCUUCUAUAAUGGUUUCUUCUGAUCAGCCUGCUCAGAGUGCCUGUGGUCCCUGCCACAGCGUGGAGUGUGUCAGAGGUGCAUAAAUGAACAUUGCCAGUUUCUGUUUGAACACUACUUUCAAGUCUUUGGUCAGCUCUAAGUAGCACAGCCGCAGACUCCUGAGAACUCCACAGCUGGCAGGUGGGCAACUCCUGGCUGCGUAUAUGUGCCCCACGAUAGGAUAAUGUUGUAGGAACAGCAAAGUUGUUUGGGUCCAAAACUGAGACGUUCAAAGGAGGUAGAAGCACAGCAGCAAGCAAAAUAAAAUCUUCUGAGUUUAAGUUAUUGGUUACCUGUUUCAGUUUGUUCUCCUUCUAGCUGCUAUCUCUGGAGUACAGUACAGAGCAGAGACUUUGCUGGGACAACCAAGCAGCCAGGUGGUGGUAAGGUCUUCUGCACCCGUGGCAUCUUCUGAAUCAUCCCAUCUGUUCCUGCAAUGGAGUAUGCCUGGUAUUGGCUUGAUGAGUCUGGGCAGUGGAUUGAGUAUGGGAAAGAGCAUCCGAAUCACUGUUCUGCCACAGUAACAUCUGCGGAUCUGGAGAAGGAAUUUCUCUCUGGCCAGAAAGAUGUGUUUUUCAUUGCUGGGUCUCAGCACUAUAUGUUAAAUUUUGAAGACAUGGUUCAGACAAAUUUGGUGUAUAAAACUCAAAGAAAAGUUGCCCGACUGCGAAAAUCUGAGUCCUUUCAAGAUGGACAAUACAGAAGCCAAAACCUGACUCUAUCACGUUCUGUCUAUCCUCCAGAAUGGAACCAAUCUGCAUUGCCCGAUAUUGGGUACAAGUUGGUACAGCUCAGCAGUGAUUCCCAUGAAUAUGGCAAAAUUAAGGGGCUGUUUGAGAAAACGAUGAAAAGUUACUACAUCCACAAACUGCAGCGGAUCCAGAACCCAGCGCUUUGGCAAGUGUUUCAGUGGCAAAAGGAACAGAUGAAGAAGCUCAAUAAGCUGAAAUGUGUGGAUGAGCGGCUUCUGUUCCAUGGGACAAAUCCAUCCCACAUACCUGCAAUCUGUGAGCAGAACUUUGACUGGAGGAUCUGUGGGACUCAUGGGACAAUGUAUGGAAAAGGAAGCUACUUUGCCAGAGACGCUAGCUAUUCUCAUGAGUACUGUUCCUCUCACAGUGGUCGCUACAGCAUGUUUGUAGCUCGUGUUCUUGUUGGAGACUUUGUUCAGGGAAAGCCUGAAUACCUUCGUCCUCCAUCCAGAGCCACCAAUUCAAAUAGACUUUAUGACAGCUGCGUGGAUGACCUGACAGACCCUUCCAUCUUUGUCGUCUUUGAGAAGCACCAGAUUUAUCCUGCUUACAUCUUGGAGUACUGCAGUAAUUUCCCAUGUGCGAUCUUGUAAUGAAUGGUGGAAUCUCCUUUGAAUUUACACUGAAUAAAUUACAUUUUAGUA